CUCGACAGAACAGGUAUCAUGGCUACAUCUCGACUGCCGACAAGAUCCACAAGGGACAUUGCUAAUGUCAUGCAAAGGCUGCAAGAUGAACAAGAAGCAGUCCAAAAGAGAACAUUUACAAAAUGGAUCAAUUCACAUUUGGCGAAGAGAAAUCCUCCAUUGAGAGUAGAAGAACUUUUUGAAGACAUCAAAGAUGGCAUAAAGUUACUUGCCCUACUUGAAGUUUUAUCUGGGAAAAAACUGCCAUGUGAACAAGGAAGGCAGAUGAAGCGAAUACACGCUGUUGCCAAUAUUGGUACAGCUCUCAAGUUCCUGGAAGGUAGACGGAUUAAACUGGUGAAUAUAAAUUCUACAGACAUUGCUGAUGGGAAGCCCUCUAUUGUGCUUGGUUUGAUAUGGACCGUAAUCCUCUAUUUUCAGAUUGAAGAAUUGACAAGCAACCUUCCCCAGCUGCAUUCACUGUCCAGUAGCACAUCUUCUGUGGACAGUGUAGUGGGUACGGAGACUGGAAGCCCACCAGUCAAACGCAAAGUUGUGAACAAAAUCCAAGGAAGUGCCAAGAAAGCAUUGCUUCGAUGGGUUCAAUACACUGCAGCCAAGCGCCUUGGAGUGGAAGUGAAAGAUUUUGGGCCAAGUUGGAGAAAUGGUAUCGCCUUCCAUUCAGUAAUAUAUGCCAUCCGCCCAGACCUCGUGGACAUGGACAUAUUAAAGGAUAGAACCAACCGUGAAAAUCUGGAAGCUGCUUUUUCCAUUGCCGAAACUGAACUGGGAAUCCCAAGGCUGCUAGAUCCAGAAGAUGUGGAUGUUGACAAGCCAGAUGAAAAGUCAAUCAUGACCUAUGUAGCCCAGUUUCUGAAACACUAUCCUGACCCUCAUAACACUGCUACAGAUGGGCAGGAAGAUGAUAGAGAAACUCACUUGGCACUUCGAGACUUGAAGGUUUGGCUUGAGCAGUUUGAGCGUGAUAUAAUUCGGACACAAACGAUUGAAAACAGUUUGCAGGACAAAUAUCAGUUUUUUAAAAAAUAUCGAGUACAAUAUGAAAUUAAAAGAAAGCUGGUUGAGUCUGCAAUUCAAGCUCUUGGAAAAGAUGGCAAACUGUCCCUGGAUCAGACUAUGGUGAAACAAGCCUGGGACAAAGUGUCUGCAAGGAUUGUUGAUUGGCAAAUACAGCUUGAUAAAUCCCUACCUGCUCCUUUGGGAACCAUAGGCUCCUGGCUAUACCGAGCAGAGCUCGCUAUCAGGGAAGAAAUCAGUAUCCAGCAAGCUCACGACGAGACGGCAAACAUCAUACACAGGAAAUUAGAGCAACACAAGGACGUGCUGAAGAAUCUGGAUGGUUACAAAAAAGCUUUUCAAGAGAUUCAUCGUUCUCGAUCUGUCAACGGAGUGCCAGUUCCUAUAGAGCAGCUUGAUGACAUGGCUGAAAGGUUCGAUUUUGUUGCAACCUCUUCUCAACUUCAUAUGAUAAAACUUGAAUUCAUGGAAUUGAAAUACCGUCUUCUAGCACUUCUGGUCCUAGCAGAAUCAAAAUUAAAAUCAUGGAUCAUCAAAUAUGGCAGGAGGGAAUCAGUAGAACUACUACUACAAAAUUACAUUACAUUUAUUGAUGGCAAUAGAUUCUUUGAGCAAUACGAAUUUACCAGUCAGUCACUUAAGCAGGCAGCAGAGAUGUAUGUGAAAGCUGAUGGAUCAGUUGAAGAAGCCGAGAGUGUUACUAAGUUUUUGAAUGAAACAACUACACAAUGGAGAAACCUAUCCGUGGAGGUGAGAAGUGUGAGAAGCAUGCUUGAAGAAGUCAUUAUCAACUGGGAUAAAUAUACCAACAUAGUGGCCAGCCUGCAGGCUUGGCUUGAGGAUGCGGAAAAGAUGCUGAAUCAACCUGAACAUGCCAAAAAGGAUUUCUUCCGUCAUUUGCCCCAUGUGAUCCAACAGCACACAACCAUGAAUGACGCUGGUAAUUUCCUUAUUGAGACAUGUGACGACACCGUUUCUAAAGACAUCAAACAACAGCUGCUGCUUCUUAACGGGAGAUGGAGAGAACUGUUUAUGGAAGUCAAACAUUAUGCUCGAGAAGAUGAAUAUGACAGAGCAAAAAAAGAAUAUGCAGACGGCUUGAUUGCACUGGCAGCAUUUGCAGAAGGAGGCAAUGAAAGAAUCUCAACUCCGCUAGAAGUAUCGUUUCUAAAUGUCAGGAUGUUUGUCCAAGAUCUAGAGGACAUUAAGCAGAAAAUGCCAAUAAUAGAAGCUCAGUACAAAUCAGUAACACGAAUGGCUCAGCUUCUCACAAAGGAAUCCCCCGCUGUAGAAGCCAAUGAAAUGCUUGCCGCUGUCUCAAGAAUUAAAGAUCAGUUAAACAAAAUAAGGGAACGCUACCCUCCAUUGCUUUAUGAAUCUCAGCAAUUGCUUACACCGCUAGGGGAAUUUGAGCAACAGAUGACGAAUUUCUAUGAAGCUCUCGAAAAACUCAGUGAAAUAUUAUCUAUGUCAGAUAUAGACAUGCAAUCAUCUUUAGUUUUUAAGCAAAAGCAAAGGGAGCUGUUGAUUUACCAAGAUAAUUGUAAAAAGGCUCUGGGCAUUAUAGAGAAAAAUGGCCAGGCUGUUCACAAGGCAUUGGCUAUGAGUAAAACCUUGCAUCAUUUUGACCGAUCUACACUUCAAAAGAAAUUGUCAGACGCCCAAGCUGCGUUUCAGACCACAACAAAGUUGAUUGCGGAUUGGCGAAAAAGGGUAGAAGCUAACACUAGCAUGAUGAAGAAGUUUGAAGAAUCCAGAGCAGAACUUGAGAAAGUUCUAAAAACUGCUGAAGUGUAUUUCAAAGAGAAAGGAAACCCAGAGGAUCUACUAAAGAAGCACACUGAAUUUUUUGGUCAGUUGGAUCAGAAGGUUCUGAACACCUUCUUAAAAGCAUGUGACGAGCUGACUGAUAUACUUCCUGAGCACGAUCUGAAGCCACUCCAAGAAACUGUCAGGAAGCUACACAAGCAGUGGAAGGACUUUCAGGGUGAAGCUCCCUAUCAUUUAUUACAUCUCAAAAUUGACUUGGAAAAGAACAGGAUUCUAACAACGGUCAAGGAAAGUAAGACGGAGUUGGCACGAGAGAAUAAAAUGCUUCCAGUAGAUGGAAGUGAAAAGAUAAUUAAAGAACACAGGGCAUUCUUCAGUGAGAAGGGAUUCCAUCAACUGUGUGAAAAAAGGUUACAUUUAAUUGAAGAGCUGUGUCUGAAAUUACAAGACAGAGACCCUGUAAAGGGGGUGAUUGAAAACUGCAAAGAAUACAUGAGAGAUUUGAGAGCUCAGGUUGACAUCACUCAUCAGAAUCUGAUGGCGCAUCCAAGCAAAUGGAAGGAUUAUAAAAGCAGGUUAAAUGAUCUAUCAGCGUGGGUUUUGGCAAAGGAGAAACAGCUGAAGGAAAUAAAAGAGGGUGCUAAAGAUGCUGCACAAUACAAUGUUUUAAAAGCUUCAGUAGAGGGAAUCAAGCAAGAUGUGAUCAUACAAGAAGCAAACCUCAGUUACCUGAUAGAUAGGCUUAACAUUCUUACUGAGAUAUCAGCCGAAUCCGAGGUGAAGGAGCAGAAUAAGGAGCUGUCCAGGCUUUCAACGACUUUUAAAGGCGUUGUAGAUCUAUUAAUUGAGGCUGAGAAACUUCUUUAUUCUGUUGGUGACUGUGUACAAUACAAAGAAGAAGUGAAAAAUGUGUUAAAUGAGCUCAUUUCUAGUUCUAAAGAUGCCCAAUGUGAAGCUGAGAAAAUACUGGACACCGAAAGCCUUGCAGAGGCUCAAGGAUUGCUCCUGCAUUACCAGCAAAACAUAGCAAAGAUACAGACAAAGAAGCAGGAUGUUCAGCUCCAGAUAGCUCGAGCUAAGGAACUUCAAGAGGAAAGAGGUCUAGCUCCCUCAGCUCAAGAAGACUUAGAAGGUAUGCAAGCCGAACUGGAUACAGUGGAAAAAGAAAUGGUGGAACAGGAAGGGGAAUUGAAGGUCACAAUAAACAAAUGGGAGCAGAUAGAUGUUGGUAAAGAAGCCAUAGCACAGUAUCUGAAGCAGGUUGCUCCUACUCUUGAAAGGCCUCUGAACUUUGGGACUUUAGAGAAUUUGUCAUUAGAGCUUCAACAGACAAAGGAUGUUUGUAAGAAAAAUGAAGCCACCUCGGUUCAGGCUGCAAGCCUUGUCCAGCAAUCAUCUGAGAUAAAGCUUGGAUCAAAAGGCAAGCAAUUACUUCAAGAGCAAACUAAAUCCAUUGAGGAGAAGGUCAUAACUGUCAAAGAAUCCCUUGAAGAAAAUAUUAGCAAAAUGGAAACAGUGAAGUUGAAAUGGGAGGCAUUUGACCAGGAUUUUGAAACUCACUCAAACUGGAUUUUGGAAAAAGAAAAUGAAGUAACGGAGCUGGAGUCAACUGCUACUCAUCCAGAAGCACAAGUUAAUCGAAUAAAGGAAAUCAUCAAGGAGCUAGAAAGUAAAACCAAUGAGAUCACAAAUCUUGAAGCAAAAAGCCAGUCAUUUGCUGGAUUUAUCACCUCUGCAGAAAUGGCGCGUAUCAAUGCCCGACUAUCACAAAUGGUUAAACAUUGGGAUACACUCAAAGAUCAUGCCCAUCAAAUGGAAGAAAGCAUCAUGGGAAAUGCAGUACAACAUCAGAAAUUUGAGGACACCUUCAAACAGGUGCAGAGCUCUCUGUCUGAUUUUGAAGCUGUGUUAAACAAGCCUGUUAAUAACUGCUCAUCUGCAGCGGAAACUUACCGUGUUCUCCAUUCACAUCAGGAUCUCUGUCACGGUGUCGAUUUGUUGAUGAACAGCCUACAUUCUCUGGCUGCUAGUGCCCGCAAUCUCUCUAAGAAGGAUCAAGCUACGCAAGACACUUUAAGCUUGCAGCGACGACAUGAGGCUCUCACAGCACAAGCUAAAGAAAGGCAUGCCUUGCUGGAAAACCUCUUAGCGCAGUGGCAGAGACAAGAGAAGGAAUUAUCAUCCUUUGUGACUUGGUUAGAUAGAAGUGAAAUAUUGAUCCGCUCAGAAGAAGACCAAUUUCCAGCGGAUAGAGCGAAGCUCGAGGCAAAAUUAAAGUCUAUCCAGGAUCUACAGGCUGAGCUGCCAGCCCAAACACUUCGAUACACAGGACUAGUCCAGUUGUGGGAAUCUCUGUAUACUUCCACUCCCGAAAAAAAUGUCAUGGAAAUGAAAGACAAAAAGGAGAAACUGUCUCUAAGAUGGAAUGGAUUACCACAAGCUAUUUCAGAAAGAGUACAUUUUAUGGAAUCGUUACUCGAGGAACACCAGAAACUUAAUGUUAUGUUACUUGAAUUGUCUCACUGGAUCAACAAAUUCCUGAAAGAACUUCACAGUUCUGCUGAAAUAAACACUUCUGACUAUCAAACAUCAAAAAGUCUUAACACGCAAAAUAUAACAGAUUUGAAGAAUCAAGAGAACGAAAUACAGAAACUUGAAGAGCAGCUUCAAAGGGUUUGCUCUUUCACCCGUUCAGAAGACCACUCUAUAUUGAAAGGAAGGGUAGGAGACUGUCAUCAGCUUUUUGAGGAAGCCAUACAAAUUACAGAUCGACGACAAGAAUCCCUGUCUAAACUGGAAGAGUUUUUACAAAUCCAUGCAAACUCAAUGUCUGUUCUCCUUCGUUUGAAAGAGGCAGUGAAUACUACAAGCAGUUUGGAGAAAGCGAAAUCAGAGUCCCUUAAAAAGGAGUUAAAUGAUGUGGUAGAAGAAAUUGACAAACUGGCAACCUUGUCUGUAGGAUUGGAUGUGACUUUAACCAAAGCACAGUGUCAUUUGACGAGUGGUGCUUCAGGACAGAAAACAUCAUGCAGGGCACUUGUCAGUAACUUGAACUUAGAGCUAGAGGCAGUCCAAACAUCACUUGGAGCCAAACAAAGCGAAGCAGAGGCUUUUGGAGCUUUGUGGAACUCGUUCAUUGACGGUCGAGACAAGCUCCUUAAGAGUAUAGAGAAGAUUGAAGAAAAAGCAGACACGUUAAAAUUGAAAGAACCAACGCUUCCAGCAAUUCAGCAAAGGCUUACAUUUUUCAAAGAACUGGAAGAAGAAAUUAAUUCUUAUCAACACGAGAAGCAAUGGCUCAUGGACAAAGCAAAGCAGAUAGCUGAGAAGGACUUUUCUCGAGCUAAAGAUGCAGAUUCAGAGUUGAGUGGCUUACAAAUUACAUGGGAGGAUACACAAAAGCUAAUUACUGAAAGCCAAGAACAGUGCUUGCACCUUAUUAAUCUCAUGGGAGAAUAUCAGGAGCUGAGAUCCACAGUUACUAAAUUUAUAGAAAGUGCUGAAAACAUGAUAACAAUCAAGUCAACUUUUAAAGAUCAGGAAGAUAUCCGACGCACCAUAGCAAAGCAUGAAUCUGCAAAGAGUGAUCUGAAUGAGAACCAGAAGGCCCUUGAUGAGUUCACAAACAAAAGUAAACACUUGCUGGUGGAGCUAAAGAGAAUUAAUGGCUGUGACACCCGACCAUUGAAGGAGGAUAUGGAAAACAUUUUGGAUCAGUGGCUUGAUGUGCUGGAAAGAAUAGAUGACAACUUGGAAAGGCUAAGUGUGAGCCUGGCUUUAUGGGAAGAUGUGCUGGGCAUUAAUGAUGAAAUUGAACAAUGGUCCAGCAGUUCUAUAUCUGAGAUGAGUGAAAAUAUCACCAACCUGAACAGCAGUCAGCGAAUGAAAGCUUGCCUCGAGGAUUUCCAGACUGAAGUCACAAACAAAGGGCAGAAGCUGGAUGAAUUUCAUUCAAAGGUUUAUGAGCUAAAAGAACUUACCAAGAGUCAGGAACCUCCGGCUGAGCUCCAGUUCAUGGAGGCAGAUUUGAGACAAAAACUCGAACAUGCCAAAGAGGUAUCACAAAUGGCUAAAGGAACGCUAAACAAUUUCAGUGCUCAGAAAACAGAACUGGAAAACUUUAUUGAACAAAUGACAGAUUGGUUGAGUAAGGUUGAAGAAUCCAUCUUAAAAUAUACAAGUAGUCAGGAUCCUGAAGAUGUAAAGAAAUUAAAGGAUAUACAGCAAGACCUUCAAAGCCAGCUAUCUAGCAUUAACAGCACCCAAGAUAACCUGAAUAGCCUAUGCCGCCGGUAUCGCUCUAAAGAGCUGGAGGCCAUCGGAGUAACUGUGACUGCUCUGGUAAAGAAAUAUGAAUCUGUGAAUCAGCUAUGCAUGAAGACACAAGCAGGCCUUCAGGAAACAUUGGAGAAACGCUUUACUGAUGCCUUGCAUGAAUUUGAGGAAUGGUUUAAGGAAAUAAAAAAUAGGCUAAAAAAGGCCUCUGACCGGUCCGGAGACAGUAAAACCUUAGAAACAAAAAUGCAGACUUUACAGGCUAUACUGGAUACAGUCAAUGAAGGUCAGACCAAGCUAGACGCUGCCUCAGAGGAAGGAGAGAAGCUCUACUACUCUUUGGCCAAAGCUUCUGUGAUCAGUAUUCAGGAACAGACAGCAAAAGCUGAAAAAGAGUUCCAAAUUUUCAAGAAGCAGUGCCUGAAGGACAAGCAGGCCCUGGAGGAUUGUGUUUCUGAGCUAGGAAGUUUUGAAGAUCAACACAAGAAGUUGAGCUUGUGGAUGCAUGACCUGGAAGAACAAAUAAGAACAGAGACACUUGGAGAGAGCAAACAGCACAUUCCUGAAAAGAAAGCUGAAAUGCAUAAAGUUGAGAUGUUCUUGGAAGAACUGUUGGCUGCAAGAGAAUCAUUUGACAAACUUUCUCAACGAGCCCAAGUUUUAAAUGAAGGUGGACGAGGGGAUGGGCAGGAAGUGCGUUUCUCAUCACAACUUUUCACAAGCUACCAAAACUUGGUUAAAGCCACAAAAGAAAAGCUGCGGGUCUGUCAAGUCGCCCUCCAAGAGCACCAGAUUUUUGAAGAGGCUUUACAGACAACAUGGUCAUGGUUGAAAGAAAUGCAGGAUAAACUAGCUACCACGGAAAGCACAGUGGGUAGCAAAAACACACUUGAGCAGCGUCUUCUGAAGGUCCAGGAAAUGCUACUCGUUAAAGGAGAAGGUGAAGUGAAGUUGAACUUGGCCAUCGGGAAAGGUGAACAGGCAUUAAAGAGCAGCAACACGGAUGGCCAGUUGGUUAUUCAGAUGCAGCUUCAGACCCUGAAAGAUGUAUGGGGAACUGUAAACAACACAGCGACGAGGUGUCUCAGUGGCUUAGAGGCUGUCAUUGAACAGUGGAAUGAACAUCUGGAAAGAAAAGGACAGAUGGAACAGUGGCUUGAAGCUGUAGAUCACAAACUGGAGCAACCCAUCCAUCCUCAGAAUGGCCUCAAAGAAAAAUUUGCCCUGCUUGAUCACAUCCAGGCAAUUGUGUCAGAUAUAGAAGAUCACACCACCACUCUACACCAUCUCAUAGAAAAGGCUAAGGAUUUACACCAGAAAACAGAGGAUGUGUCAUUCUCUGAGACUGCUCAGGAUGAAAUAAGAACACAUUUUAAUGACAUUAUGACCGUUGCCAAGGAGAAGAUGAGAAAUGUUGAAGAUAUAGUGAAGGACCACCUUCUGUAUCUAGAUGCAGUGCAUGAGUUCACCGACUGGCUGCACUCAGCCAAAGAAGAGCUUCACAGAUGGUCUGAUACAUCAGGAGAUUCAUCAGCCAUACAGAAAAAAGUGACAAAAAUUAAGGAGCUGAUAGAUUCCAGACAGACUGGAGCUGAACGUCUUAACAGAAUUGAAACUCUGGCUCCCACAGUGCAGCAGAACACAACGGCUAGUGGAUGUGAGCAAAUGGAAACAGAGAUCCACGGCCUUCAGGCCGACUGGAAGCAGUGGGAAGAAAAUGUUACCCAGAGUCAGAGCACUUUGCAGACUCUUUUGAGCCAAAUGGCCAUCUCAGAACAAGAAUUUGCCGCUCAGGUCUCUAAACUGGAAGACGCAGUUCAGGACUUCAGCGUCUUUCUACAGAAAUGGGCCCAGAAACUAAUAAAAGUGGAAGGCAAGAACACAGACAAAGAUAUAGUGGAACACUGGCAACGGCAGAAGGAAGCUCUGAAUGCCCUCACUGGUGCAGAACCUGCCAUUGGCGACUUAAAGACUCAAUUCAAUGACCUUUGCAGAUCUUCAAAGGAUUUAAGUGUAUAUUCUGCAAAAGUCUCAGCUUUAAUUAAGGAUCACAACAGUCUCUGUUUACAAGCUACAAAAGGCUGUCAAAAUAAAGAGCAUGCCUUGCAACAACUGUUCCGAGCCGCCUACAGAGACUUCCAGCAGUGGUUGAUCAACUCCAGGGUUACUACCGCCAAGUGUUUUGACAUACCGCAAAGUAUUUCUGAAGCCUCCUCCAACCUUGAGAAAAUACAGGAAUGUCUUAUUGAAAGUGAAAAUGGCCAACAGAAAUUACAAACUGUGACAUCAAGGGGUGAACUGCUGUGCAGUAUUAUGCCUCAGGAGAAAGUGAAAAGUAUUCGACAAAAGGUCCUGACUGCUAAAGAUGAUUGGAAAGCAUUCAUUUCAUCUCUACAUGAAAAAGAAUCAGCACUAGAGAACUUAAGGAUUCUAAUGAAAGAUUUUGAAACUAGUGCUGAGCCAGUACAAGAAUGGCUUAACAAUACUGAGAAAAUAGUGCAAGAUAGCAACAACCGUCUCCAUGACCUAUCAUCUAAAAGGAAAGAGCAGCAGAAGCUUCAGUCUAUCCUGGAAGAAAUAAGCUGCCAUGAGCCACAGAUCACCAGGCUAAAAGAGAAAGCUCAACAACUGAGGGAAGGACAGUCUACCAACAAAAGCUUUGCACACAGAGUGUCUCAGCUGUCUUCCCAGUAUCUAGCAUUAAACAACCUUACUAAGGAAAAAAUGUCAAGAAUGGAUCGAAUUGUCAUGGAACAUCAACAGUUUUCUCAAGGUUUGAAUGAACUACAAGACUGGAUUAAUGAUGCAAUCCACAUGCUCCAGUCAUACUGUCACCCCACCGCUGACAAAAGUGUUUUGAACAGCAGGAUGACAAAGCUGGAGAAACUGCUGGCAGCAAAGCAAGAGAAGGAAAUUCAGAUGAACAUGACAUUGACUAGAGGCGAGUCUGUACUGAGAAACACAUCUACCGAAGGAGUACCUUCCAUUCAAGAGCAGCUACGAGAACUGAAAGAUUCUUGGGCAUCACUACUGUCAGCUUGCAUUCAGUGUAAAAGUCAGCUUGAAGGGGCUCUCUCUAAAUGGACAAGCUACCAAGAUGAUGUUCGGCAGUUUUCCAGCUGGAUGGAAAGGCUAGAAGAGAGGCUUAAUGACUCCGAAAGACAGUACGCAGAAUUAAGGGACAAAAUUGCAGCAAAGAGUAAAGCAAAGUUAUUAAAUGAAGAAGUUCUGAGUCAUGGCUGCUUCCUAGAGACAAUAGAGAAGAAAGGCUCCAGCAUGACAGAACAUUAUGUUACUCAGCUGGAACUGCAAGAACUUCAGGAACGCUAUAACUGUCUCAAAGAGAAAACAAAGGAGGCAAUUAUUAAAACAGACAAGCUAGUUACGAGCCACCAAGACUAUCAAAAAGGACUUAAAGUUUUUGAAGAAUGGCUUUUGCAAGAAACCGAAAAGUUAGAUUGUCUGACACAGCUUGAGGGUGACACACAAAUGCAUGAAUCCACCCUUCAGAGUUUGCAGGAGUUACAGGUGCGCCUUGCAAAAGGUCAAGCCUUGCUCAAUAACAUACUCCACACAAGAGAAGAUGUCAUUCCAUGGGGUAUUCCUCAUACAGAAGAUAGAGAACUCGAGUCACUAAAACAAGACUGGCAAGUUUAUCAACAAAGACUUGCAGAGACAAGAAGCCAGAUCAAUACCACCUUGAACAGGCUGAAACUAAUGGAACAAAAGUUUGAAAAAACUAAUGAGUGGUUAACGUCUGUUGAAAGAAAAGUGAAUAUAAGAAAAGGGAGACAAUCUGAUAGAGCCACAAAGGAGGUACAACUACAACAAAUGAAGAAAUGGCAGGAAGAGGUCAUGGUGUAUAAAGAUGAGGUGGAGAAUGUAGGAACAUUGGCUCAGCAGAUUCUGGAAGAAGGUCGGAGCAGCAGCAGAAUGGGCAGUUUGGCAACACUGCUUACUUCCCGUUAUCAAGCCGUCAGGCUUCACAUUCAGGAACAAACUCAGUUCAUUGAGGAAGAGCUCCGAUUCAUAGAAGAGUCUGAUAUUGCCCUGAAGGCUUAUGUAGACUGGAGUGAAGAAGUGCAAAUAAAUUUUAAAAAUGUUACUACAGAUAUUGGCAUGAUGGAUAAGUCAUCAAUGGUGAAGAAGAAGAAGAAGCUGGAAUUACUGUUAAGUGACAUGGAUAAAGGUCAUGGCCUUCUUAAAUCAGCACGGGAGAAAGGAGAAAGAGUUCUCAAGUAUUUGGAAGUGACUGAAGCUGACCAACUGGAGAAGGAGAUACAUGCCCAUGUCGAGAAGUUGGAAGAAUUGACAAGCUCAAUAAGGAAGGAACACACAGCUUUGGAAAAAAGCUCCCACCUGGCCAAAGAGUUCUCAGACAAAUACAAGGUGCAAGCCCUUUGGGUGGCUGAAUAUCAGAUGGUACUACAAGCAACAGUGGAACUAAAAAAUGAGCUAUAUGAGAAGAAAGCCCAGCUAGCCAAAUAUAAGUCGGUUCAGCAGACAGUGUUCUCACGUGAGCCUGCUAUCAAACUGGUGUGCGAAAAGGGUGAAGCUCUGCUUGCCAUGGCUUACGAUGGCACAGUAAAGGACCAAAUUGAGAAACUGCUAAUGGACUAUCAGGAACUUUGCAACUUGGUGAAGGUAAAUGUUGCAGACCUGGAAGAAAAAGUAAAGGCACAUGAGAUUUACACCUCCCAGUUGCAAGAUGUGGAGAAAUGGCUUCUCCAUAUGUCUAGCAGGCUGGUAACUCCUGACUUCAUGGAAAGUAGCAGCUUGGACACAAUAACCCAACAGAUGGCAAACCACAAGGCAAUAAUGGAGGAGAUUGCUGGAUUUGAAGAAAGACUGAACAACCUUAAAGUAAGAGGGGAGAAUCUGGUUCUCCAUUGUGCUGAACAUCUGCAGGCAAAGUUUAAGCAGAAUGUACAAAGCCACUUGCAAGGGACUAGAGACAGUUACUCCGCUAUUUGCAGUACCGCCCAGCGGGUGCAUGUGAGUUUGGAAAGUGAACUCCAGAAACACGUGAGCCACCAGGAUACCCUGUUGCAGUGUCAGGCUUGGCUUUCCACUCUUCAGCCACAGAUCAAACUCAGCAACAAAGCCCCACUCACUCCAACAGAGGCAAUGAAACAGGUCAAACAUUACAGAACUCUGCUAGAGCAAGCCAACACCUACUUGGACUUAUUAUGCACAGCAUGUGAUCUAUCAGAUGGGGCUGUGAAGAAUGUAGCUAUUGACAUUCAGCAAAUAAAGCAGACAAUUGAAGAAGAGAUGAUGCGAUCUCAGGUGCUGGCUAAUGGAUGGGAGGAAGUUAAACAAAUCAAAGCAGAGCUUCAAACAUAUUUCCAGGAGGCAGAUCAACAGCUACAAAACAUGAAGAGAAGACGGGCUGAGCUAGAGAUAAAGCUGGCACAAAACAUGGUAGCCCAGGUUAAGGAAUUUAACCAGAAACUUCAGACCAAACAGGAAAAGAUAACCAUCUUUACUGAAAAAGUUAACAAGUUGACAAAAGGUCAGGAAUCCCCCGAACAUGCAGAUAUCAGCCAACUGAGUAAUCGUUGGCUGGACUUCUGCUUUCAAGCAAACAGUCUUCUUCUACAGCGAGAGGAGGAUCUUCAGAGAACCAGAGACUAUUAUGAACGCUUGAACAUAGUGGAUGUUUUCCUUGAAAAGCUAACAACAGAAUGGGACAAUUUAGCCAGAUCUGACACUGAAAGCACAGCUGUGCAUCUGGAAGCCUUGAAGGCAUUAUCAUCUAUUUUGCAAGAGAGAAGAUUUGCUCUUGAGGACCUUAAGGACCAAAAACAAAAACUGAUGGAACAUUUGAAUGUGGAUGAUAGAGAGUUAGCUAAAGAGCAGACAAGCCAUUUUGAGCAGCGUUGGUUUCAGCUGGAGGAACUAGUUAAAAGCAAAAUUCUUACUUGUGCUUCUACUUUGGAACAAUUAAGUUUAGUUCAUUCUCGACUACAGGAGUUGACAGAAUGGGCUGAGGAUCAGCAGCCUAGUAUCUCUGAUGCUUUAAAUCAAAGUCCUCCACCAGAACUUGCUCAGAACUUGCUCAUGGAUCACCUCACUAUUUGUAGUGAAGUGGAGGCCAAACAGAUAUUACUGAAAAACUUGAUCAAAGAUGCUGAUAGGAUCAUGGCUAAUUUGGGUCUCAAUGAAAGACAACAGCUUCAAAAUGCUCUGGUGGACUCACAGAAACAUGUAGACUGUCUUAGCGACUUAGUCAACCAGAGAAAGAAACACUUAAAUAAAGCCUUAUCUGAAAGGACACAGUUUCUCAUGGCAGCGUAUCAGGCUUUGAACCAAAUUCAGCAGCUUGAAAGAAAAAUUAAGUUUCAGGAACAUAUAUGUCUGUUACCAGAUGAUGUGAGCAAACAGAUUCGAAGUUGUAAAAGUGUUAAAGCAAGUCUCAAGGCCUAUCAGAGUGAUGUCAACAUGCAGUGGAAUCAAGGCAGGGAACUGAUGAAGGAAGCCACAGAACAAGAGAAAACAGAAGUGUUGGGUAAACUACAAGAACUUCAAAAUGUGUAUGAAAGAGCUCUUCAGAAAUGCGGGCAAAGGCUAAUUGAACUUGAAAAGAGUUUAGUUACUAGAAAAUAUUUCAAGGAGGAUUUAGAUAAAGCGUGCCAUUGGAUAAAACAGGCAGAUGUGUUAACAUUUCCAGAAAUUAAUUUAAUGAAUGACAAUUCUGAACUUUAUUCCCAACUAUCCAAAUACCAGCAAAUACUUGAACAGGCAUCAGAAUAUGAAAAUCUUCUACUUUCUCUACAAAGAAAUGGACAGGAAAUCCUUCCCUCACUAAAUGAGGUUGAACAUUCAUACCUUGAGGAGAAACUAAAUGUUUUGCCACAGCAAUGCCAUUAUGUUGUUGCUUUAGCCAAGGAAAAACUUGCUAAAGUCCAGGAGGCCAUCUACAUUCGUAAAGAAUAUGCAUCCUUAAUUGAUUUAACAAGCAAAGCUAUUAAAGAACUAGAGGAACACUUUUUGCUUAUGAGCAAAAUACCCUCUCAUCUUUUAGCUAUACAAGUGGUGUCUUUAAAGCAAGACUACUCUUCUCUUCUCAAAGAAGUAAUGAGCCUUGGUACAGCAGUAAAUGAGCUUAACCAGAAAAAGGAAAUUUUCAGAAGUACAGGACAGCCAUGGUUACCAGAAGAAAUGUCACAACUUGUUUGCCAAUAUCACAAGUUAAAAAGAGUUAUCGAACAGAAGGUUAGCCAGCUGGAGGACACUGAGGAUGCCUAUCGUAAACAUGAAGAUCUUUCUUCAAAGAUGAAUAUAAAAAUGGAGGCGUUGAGUAAAGAGUUGGAUCAGGUUAAUGAGGAAACUCUUCUAGCAGAGGACAAACUGAAAAGUUAUCGUACACUAGCAGCCAAUCUUCAGGAUGCAGCUACUCUUCUGAGACGAGUAACAGAGAGCUUAGAAGAACUUUCUCCACGGCUUGAAUCUUCUGUUUAUGAAGAGGCAGAUGUACAAAUUCAAAAGUGGCAUGAAAAAUUAAAAUCUUGGAAUGUGGUUAUGAAGGAGAGGAUGGGAGAAUGUGAGAACAGAUUAGUACAGAGCAUAGAUUUUCAAAUGGAAGUUUGCCAGACCCUUGAGUGGCUAAGGCACAUGAAAGUGGAACUUAACAACCCCUUUGCUUUGGACAGCAAACUUGAAAAUAUCCAGGAAGAGAUUCGAAAACUUCAACUUCAGCAAGAGGAGAUAGUGUCAAGCUUGAGAAUAAUGAAUGCCUUGAUCAUGAGGGAAAAACAAAAGUACCUGAAAGCUAAAGAAUUUGUUCCCACAGAUCUAGAAAACUGCAUGGCAGAAUUAUCUGAAUUGGAUCGGGAAAUCCAGGAAGCUGUCAAUCUAAAACAGACCACUCUGGAUAAGUUGUACACUGCUAGUUACAGAUACUACCAAGCUGUCCAGUCAGCUUCAGAUUGGGUGGAAGAUGCCCUAGAAUUACUCAAGCAAGGUCAAAAUGGUGUUGAUAUUGAAACUGCUGAAGAGAAUCUGAGAGACUACACUGAGUUUUUAAGUACACAAAACAAAUUUAAUGGACUCCUGGAGGAACUGCAUGCUCUGGUGUCUGAGCUGGAACCGUAUGUACAUAAAACAGGACAGGAUCAUCUAAGGCAAACAUUAACAUCUUUAAAGACAAAGGGGAAAGAUACAAAGGAUCAAGCUCAAGCACAAGUAGACUUAUUGAAAAGAUGCACUAUUCAGUGGAGUUUAUACCAAGAAGAUAGACACCAGGUAAUCAUGUCUUUGAAUGAGGCAGAAAAUAAAUUAUCCAAAUUCUCCGUGGUUAAAGAUCUUUCUCAUCACAAAGCAGAGGAGAAGCUUUUAAACCAUAAGUCUAUUCUAUCCUUGGUAAACUCUUUUCAUGAGAAGAUAACAGCACUGGAAGAAAAGGCUACUGUGCUGGAGAAGCUGGGAAAUAAUGCUAGCAAGGCAGCUAUAAGUAAAUCCAUGGCUACUGUGUGGCAGAGAUGGACAAGGCUUCGUACCAUUGCUCGAGAGCAAGAAAAAAUACUGGAGGAGACUGUUGAAGAAUGGAAAGAACUAGAUAUCAAGAUUCAGAAAGCCACUUUAGCAAUUGACCAGCUGCAAGAACAUCUGCCAGAAAGUUCAACAGAGAAGGCAUCAAAGGCUGAACUGGUUGAGUUGUUGGAGAGCCAUGAUGCUUUUGUUAAAGAGUUGGAGAUGGAGCUUUCUGCUGUUACCCUUCUACGACAGCAUACUGUGAAUAGGAUCCUGCGAGAUGCGGAGACAGAAACUGCUUCUCCAGAAGAUUUGCCAGUGAUGCAGGAAAUUAAAGCAAUGCAAGACAGAUGUGCAAACAUGCGCCAGAAAGUAAAGAAAAGUAGGAAGCUGGUAGAACAGGAACUUAAGGAACGUGAGGAUGUUGAGAAAAAUAUUGGCAUUAUAAAGAACUGGAUAAAGGACACCAAAGAUACUUUACAAAAUCCUGCCUCAGAAACAGGUGUACAGUUGGAGGAAUUAAAGGUCCUCCAUGAGGAGUAUCAUAUGUAUCGGCAGAAAGUAGAGAAGAUAUCUGAAGAACAACAAAAUAAAUACCUGGAGAUGUAUACCAUUUUACCUUCAGAGCUCUCCUUGCUUCUAGCAGAAGUGGCUUUAGCUUUAGCAAAUAUAAAUGAAGAGAUCCAGAUAAAGCAAAAGGAAGUACUGCAAAACCAAACACUGUACCAAGACUUUAACCAUCAGAUCAAAGAGAUUGAAGAUACACUCAGGAUGUUAUUAUCAAAAGUGAAAGAAAAGACAAAUAACGUACCCAAAAUGAAACAAGAUCACAAGAUCGUAUGUGAAGAGUUAGACAACUGCAACAUAAAACUAGUGGAAUUAGAUGCAGCUGUGCAAGAUUUUGCCGAGCAGAGUCCAUUACUGGUCAAGCAACUGGUUGACAAAAUAGUAAUGUUAACUGAGCUACAGCAGCAAGCCAGCAGAGAGGCAGAACACAGAGCCAGCAAGCUAAAGCAGGCUGUGGUCCAUCUGGAAGAAUACAAUGAAAUGUUGGAGUUUAUACUGAGAUGGAUAGAAAAAGCCAAAAUUCUAGUAAAUGGCCACAUUGCAUGGAGUUCUGCAAGUCAGCUUCGUGAUCAAUCUUUGGCUCACCAGACUAUGUUGGACGAAUCAAGAGACAUCCACAGCGACCUGGACUCCAUGAAUGAAAAGAUUGACUAUCUGGCGUGUGUAUUUAACACUGAAGAUAUGACUCAGCAAGUGUCGGAACUUGGGCGGCAGACAGAAGAACUACAGUUAGCAAUUAGACAUCGUCUACAGAACCUUCAGGAUGCAGCUAAGGAUAUGAAGAACUUUGAGACUGAAUUAAGAGCUCUACAAACAGCACUUGAACAAGCCCAGACAACCUUAACCUCUCCAGAACUCGGGCGCUUAAGUCUUAAGGAACAGCUUUCUCACAGACAGCAUCUUCUGUCCAAAAUGGAGUCUCUGAAACCAAAGGUGCAAGCUGUCCAGGCUUGCCAAAGUGCCUUAAGAAUCCCAGAAGAAGUCGUUACCAGCCUCCCUAUAUGCCGAACAGCCCUCAGGCUGCAAGAAGAGACCAGCCGUCUGCAGCACACAACCAUCCAACAGUGUAACAUUAUGCAGGAGGCGGUGGUGCAGUAUGAGCAAUAUGAGCAGGAGAUGAAACACAUACAGCAACUUAUCGAGGAGGCACAUCGUGAGUUGCAAGAUGCAAAAGUCACAACCAGUAAUAUCCAAGAGCUGCAGUUUCAGAUCAAGAGGCACGAGGAGCUGGCUAAGAAAAUCAAAGGUUACCAGGAUCAGAUAGCAUCCCUGAAUUCCAAAUGCAAGAUGCUGACAAUGAAAGCCAAGCAUGCGACGAUGCUACUGACUGUCACUGAAGUGGAAGGGCUGACAGAGGGAAUAGAAGAACUGGACUCAGAGCUCCUCCCUGCACACACAGCUCACCCAUCUGUUGUUAUGAUGACCGCUGGUCGCUGUCACACUCUACUGUCACCGGUCACUGAGGAAUCAGGGGAGGAGGGAAGCAACAGUGAGAUUUCCUCUCCACCAGCCUGUCGUUCUCCUUCACCUGUGGCUAAUACAGAUGCUUCUGUUAACCAGGACAUUGCUUAUUACCAGGCCUUAUCUGCUGAACAGUUGCAGACAGAUGCUGCCAAGAUCCAACCCAACAUAUCCUCUCCACAAGAACACUAUGAGCCAGGACUGGAGUCAGCCGCCAAUUCUAAACUGGAUGAUCUGCAGCGUUCAUGGGAAACAUUAAAGAAUGUGAUCAGUGAAAAACAGCGCACGUUGUAUGAAGCACUUGAACGACAGCAGAGAUACCAAGAUUCUCUACAAUCCAUUUCAACAAAAAUGGAAGCCAUUGAGGUGAAACUGAAUGAGAGUUUGGAACCCACUAAGACUCCAGAGAGCCAGAUGGCUGAACACCAGGCUUUGAUGGAUGAAAUCUUAAUGCUACAAGAAGAGAUCAGCAAACUUCAGGCAUCCUUUGCUGAUGAGCUGGUGUCAGAAUCUCUAGACUCUGAUGCUGCAGAUCAGCUUGCUCUGCAAUCUACCCUCACUGUCUUGGCAGAAAGAAUGGCCACCAUCAGAAUGAAAGCCUCAGGGAAGCGUCAACUACUAGAGGAAAAGCUGAAUGAGCAACUGGAAGAGCAAAGACAUGAACAAGCUCUUCAGAGGUACCGCAGCGAAGCUGAUGAACUUGAUCACUGGUUAUUGAGUGCAAGAACUACACUGGACAAUGUACUGCGAUCCUUUGAAAAGCCACUGGACAUGGAAGCUCAGCUGACUGAUUGCCAGAAUAUGCUGCUUGAAAUCGAACAGAAGGUUGUGACACUGUCAGAGCUCUCGGUCCACAGUGAGAACUUGUUAAUGGAAGGGAAGUCCCACACCAAGGACGAGGCUGCACAGCUAGCUGUGAAACUUAGGACUCUCAAGGGAAGUCUUCUGGAACUGCAGAGGGUUCUUCAAGACAAGCAGAUAAGUAUCCAGGGCACAUUUCAUGAGAAAGAAGACUCUGAUUCUGAGUUGGCAUCUUCACAGAGCCCCAGUGUACAAGAAUGGCUAGUUCAGGCAAGAACAACACGCUCAUUGCAGAAGCAGAACAGUCUACAGAGGCAAAAAGAACUGGAAGAAGAACUCGCUGAGCAGAAGAAAUUACUGCAGUCAGUUGCAAGUCGCGGAGGGGAAAUAAUCAACCAACAGAGCAUCUGUGAUACACCGGACUCUGUGUCUCACGAACUUGGUUUGGAGGGAUUGACAUCAGCAUCAGAAAAUCAAAUGAGAGUAAAAUGGGAAAGCCUUCACCAGGAGCUUAGUGCCAAGAAGAAAUUAAUGCAGAAUGCACUGCAGCAGGAACAAGAACCACCGAUAUUUAACCAAACCAACAGGAUCAUGUCUGGGGUGCCUUUUUAUAAAGGGGACAAACAAGUGCAAGACAAAUCUUCUGUAGCAAACUUAUUGGAUGGCUUAAACCAAGCCCUUGAAGAUGUGUCAUCUCAGAGUGGCGUUAGAGAGAGGAAGAGUUUUCCCUUGGAAAGAAAAUUGUAUGAUGCAGUUUCAGCUACAUCCACAUGGUUGGACGAUGUGGAAGAACGUAUUUUUGUGUCAACAACUCUCCAGCCAGAAGAAACUGAAACUUCUCUUUACCACCAAGAGACUUUGGCAAAAGAUAUCAAAGAGAUGACAGAAGAAAUGGAUAAGAACAGGAUUCUAUUCUUACAAACAUUCUCAAACAGUGGUGAUAACCAGGGUGUAAUUGAGGAUACAAUGGAUUGCCUUCUAGGAAGAUUGAAUUCAUUAGAGUCAGUUGUAAAUCGUCGGUGCUGUCAAAUGAAGGAGAGGCUGCAGGAUCUCAUAACCUUCCAGAAUGAUUUGAAGAUGUUGUUCACUUCACUGGCUGAUAAUAAAUAUAUAAUACUACACAAACUGGCGGAAGCAGCAGAGAGACCUGCGAAGGAGCAAAUACAGGCCAUUUUACAGGCAGAAGAGAGUCUUAAAGAAAUAGAUACAGAAAUAACAGAAUUGAAGAAACGUGGAGACAUAUUACAGGUGGAUCAAUCUUCAACUCAAGAACUUUCAAAGCUUCAGGACACAUAUGACGAGCUGAUAAUGAUCAUUGGCUCUAGAAGAAGUGGUUUGAAUCAGAAUCUUGCUCUUAAGAGCCAGUAUGAACGAGCCCUGCAAGAUCUAUCGGACUUGAUUGAAACAGGGCAGGAGAAGAUGUCAAAUGGACAGAAAUGUAUUGUGUCCUCCAGAGAUGAGAUCCAUACACUACUGGAGAAACAUAAGGAUUAUUUCCAGGGUUUGGAAUCUCACAUGAUCCUCACAGAAACACUCUUCAGAAAAAUUAGCAGUUAUGCACUCCCUAGAGAGUCUCAGCACCAUUCAGAGUUAAUGGAAAGAGCAUCAACCGUCAUUAAACAGGCUCACAAACGAGGAGUGGAAUUAGAAUACAUUCUGGAGACCUGGGUACUUUUUGAUGAAAACUAUGUACAUCUGAGCAAGCAGUUGGAGUCAAUUGAGAAUAACAUACCUUCUGUUGGACUGGUAGAGGAAUCUGAGGAAAGGCUUACAGAACGAAUUAAACUGUACCAGUGCUUUAAAUUGAACUUAACUGAGUACCAGCCCAGAGUUUACCAAGUUUUAGAAGAUGGCAAAAUACUUUUGAUAUCUGUUAGUUGCUCAGAACUGGAAGCACUCUUGACUCAGCUGGGGGAGGUUUGGAUAAAAAACUCCAACAGAGUGUCCAAGGAACUCAGCCGACUGGAGAACAUACUCAAACAUUGGACAAGAUAUAAGAAUGAAUCUGCAGAACUUCUUCACUGGUUGAAAUCUGCUAUGGAUCGACUUGACUUUUGGACUCAGCAGUCUGUGACUGUCCCUCAGGACUUGGAAACUGUUCGAGAUCACCUCAAUGCUUUCCUAGAAUUCUCAAAAGAAGUUGACGCUAAGUCAUCACUGAAAUCAUCGGUUCUGAGCACCGGGAACCAACUGCUUCGACUGAAAAAAGUAGAGACAUCCACCCUCCGAUCAGAACUGGCACAAAUAGACAAUCAGUGGACAGAGCUUCUCACACACAUCCCAGUAGUACAAGAGAAACUACACCAGCUUCAAAUGGAUAAGUUGCCUUCACGCCAUGCCAUUACAGAAGUUAUGACAUGGAUAUCUCUGAUGGAAAAUGUGAUCAAAGAGGAUGAAGAGAAUAUUGGAAAUGUCAUAGGCUGUGAAGCUAUUCAGGAGUACCUCCGAAAAUAUAAGGGAUUCAAGAUUGACUUGAAUUGCAAGCAGUUGACCGUGGACUUCGUCAAUCAGUCAGUACUGCAGAUUAGUAGCCAAGACGUGGAGAGCAAACGAAGUGACAAGACUGAUUUCGCAGAGAAACUUGGAGCUAUGAACAGACGUUGGCAAAUCCUACAGGCCCUGAUAACAGAGAAGAUUCAGUUACUAGAAGGAAUGCUGGAGUCCUGGACAGAAUAUGGAAAUAACGUCCAAACUCUCAAAUCCUGGUUCGAAAAGCAAGAGCAAAAUCUGAAAAAGCAACAAAGCAUUGGAGAUCAAGCUUCAGUUCUGAACAGCCUAAAAGAUUGCCAGGAACUGGAAGAGCUUGUAAAAGCAAAAGAAAAGGAUGUUGAAAAGGUGGAACAGAGUGGGCUUUCACUGAUCCAAAGUAAGAAAGAAAAAGUAACCGCUGUUGUCAUGGAAACACUUCGCGACCUUAGCCGUUUCUGGGCUAAUUUGGAUCACACGGUGGGCCAGCUAAAGGCAUUGUUACAAUCAGUACUUGAUCAGUGGAGCCAAUACAAGAAUGGUUAUGAAGAACUGAACAGCUACCUUAUGGAAGUUAGAUAUUCGUUGUCCCGCUACAGGUUGUUGACUGGAUCCAUGGAAGCCGUCAAGGUUCAAGUAGACCAUCUUCAGAACUUGCAAGAUGAGUUGGAGAAACAAGAGACCAGCUUGGAAAAGUUUGGUUCUGUUACCAACACACUUGUGAAAGAAUGUGUCCCAGCUGUGGUGGAAACCCUCAGGAACACUUUAAAGGACAUCACUACAAGAUGGAAUAAUUUACUUGAGGAGAUAACAGAACAGCUGCAUUCAAGCAAAGCUCUACUCCAGCUAUGGCAGAGAUACAAAGAUUACUCCAUUCAAUGCACAUCCACAGUCCAACAGCAGGAGGAUCUAGGCAAUCAUCUGCUUAAGGUGGCUUGCAAUAAGGACAUAGGAGAUGAGGAGAUAUCUACAUGGAUCAAUGAUUGCAGUGUUCUAAUACAAGGAUUGACUGCUGCUAAAGAUUCCCUAAUUGUUCUCCAUGAGAUGGGAGAUCAGCUUAAACAACAGGUGGACUCAUCUGCAGCUGCAACUAUCUUAUCUGACCACCUCGCUCUGAACCAACGCCUGAUAGUCCUGGAGCAGGCACUCUACAGACAACAGGCCAUACUCCAGGCUGGGGUUCUAGAUUAUGAGACAUUUGUAACUAGCCUUAGAGAUCUUGAGACUUGGAUUGUAGAAGCAGGAGAGGUAUUAAAUGGACAGGAUCCCAACCGAUCUUCAGAUCUCUCAACAAUACAAGAACGAAUGGAAGAGCUCAAGAGGCAGAUGUUAAAGUUUAGCAGUAUGGCUGGAGACCUAGAUCGCCUCAAUGAGUUAGGGUAUAGACUACCUCUGAAUGAUAAUGAAAUCAAACACAUGCAGACAUUGAACAGGAACUGGACUAUGAUCUCAUCACAGACUACAGAACGCUUCAGCAAGUUACAGUCUUUCUUGCUGCAACACCAGACUUUCCUGGAGAAAUGUGAGACCUGGAUGGAGUUUCUAAUUCAGACAGAGCAAAAACUUGUAGUGGAGAUUUCAGGCAAUUACCAGAGCCUGUUAGAACAGCAACGAGCACACGAGCUAUUUCAAGCUGAAAUGUUCAGCCGCCAACAGAUUUUACAUUCGAUAAUUGCAGAUGGUCAGCGUCUACUGGAACAAGGACAAGUUGAUGACUGGGAUGACUUUAACCAGCAACUAGCCUUACUCAGUAGCCAGUGGCAAGGGGUGAUUCGUCGGACUCAGCAGAGGAGAGGGAUAAUUGAUAGCCAAAUACGUCAGUGGCAGAGAUACAGAGAGAUGGCUGAGAAACUGAGAAAGUGGUUGGUGGAGAUGUCUUACCAACCGGUCGCUGAACUGGGUAGUAUUCCAAUACCAUUACAACAAGCCAGGGCACUUCUUGAUGAAAUUCAGCUUAAAGAUAAAGUACUUCACAGGCAGCAAGGAAGCUACAUCCUGACAGUGGAAGCUGGGAAGCAACUGCUUCUGUCUGCUGAUAGUGAAGCAGAGGCCACCUUGCAGGCAGAACUAAUCGAUAUCCAAGAGAGGUGGAAGGCCACCACAUUGAGGCUAGAAGAGCAAAAGAAACAGCUGGCAUUCCUACUCAAAGAUUGGGAAAAAUGUGAAAGGGGAAUAGCUGAGUCCCUUGAAAAGCUCCGCACCUUCAGGAAAAACCUUACCCAAAGUCUACCCGACCAUCACGAUGAACUCCAUACAGAACAAAUUCGAUGCAAGGAGCUUGAAAAUGCAGUUGAAGGAUGGGUUGAAGAUCUUACUCAUCUAACACACCUGAAAAACUCCUUCUCCCCCUAUAUCAAUGCUGAUGAUAUUUCUAUACUUAAUGAGCGCAUUGAAUUGCUACAGCGGCAAUGGGAAGAGCUUUGUCACCAGGUUUCUCUGCGAAGACAGCAAGUUAGUGAGAGACUUAAUGAGUGGGCCAUCUUCAAUGAGAAAAAUAAGGAGCUUUGUGAGUGGCUCACUCGUAUGGAGAGCAAGGUAUCCCAGAAUGGAGACAUCAGCAUUGAGGAAAUGAUCGAAAAGCUCAGAAAGGAUUACCAAGAGGAAAUUGCACUCGCUCGGGAAAAUAAAAUGCAGCUUCAGCAAAUGGGAGAAAGGCUAGCGAAGGCCAGCCAUGAGAGCAAGGCUUCUGAAAUUGAUUACAAGCUUAGCAAAGUGAACGACAGAUGGCAACAUCUCCUAGAUCUCAUUGGAGCAAGAGUGAAGAAAUUAAAGGAGACGUUGGUUGCAGUGCAACAGCUGGAUAAGAACAUGAGCACUUUGAGAUCAUGGCUGGGCCACAUUGAAUCUGAAUUGUCCAAGCCCAUUGUGUAUGAAACCAGCGACUCUGAGGAGAUACAAAGGAAGCUAAAUGAGCAGCAGGAUCUUCAGAGAGAUAUCGAGAAGCAUAGUACUGGAGUUGCAUCUGUAUUGAAUCUAUGUGAGGUCCUUCUUCAUGACUGUGAUGCCUGUGCCACGGACACGGAGUGUGAAUCCAUCCAGCAGGCUACUCGAAGUCUAGACCGUAGAUGGAGGAAUAUCUGUGCAAUGUCUAUGGAGAGGAGGUUGAAAAUUGAAGAAACCUGGAGACUCUGGCAGAAAUUCCUUGAUGACUUCUCACGGUUUGAAGAAUGGAUUAAGGUUUCUGAAAGAACAGCCGCUUUUCCCAGUUCUUCUGGCGUGUUGUACACCAUGGCCAAAGAAGAGCUGAAAAAAUUUGAGGCAUUCCAAAGACAAGUUCAUGAGAGCCUGACUCAACUAGAGCUUAUUAAUAAACAGUACCGACGCCUGGCCCGGGAGAACCGCACAGAUUCUGCCUGUAAACUAAAGCAGAUGGUCCACGAAGGAAACCAGAGAUGGGACAACUUGCAGAAGAGAGUCACGUCCAUUCUAAGAAGAUUAAAGCACUUUAUUGGUCAGCGGGAAGAAUUUGAGACUGCUCGGGAUAGCAUCCUUGUGUGGCUUACAGAAAUGGACCUUCAGCUUACCAACAUUGAACAUUUCUCAGAGUGUGAUGUGCAUGCGAAAAUUAAACAGCUUAAGGCCUUCCAGGAAGAGAUUUUCUUAAACAACGGUAAAAUUGAUCAAAUCAUCACCCAAGGAGAGCAACUGAUUGAAAAAAGUGAGCCUCUGGAUGCAGCCGUCAUUGAAGAAGAGUUGGAUGAGCUCCGAAGAUACUGUCUGGAGGUCUUUGGCCGUGUUGAACGCUAUCACAAGAAGCUUAUCCGACUCCCACUGACUGAUGAUGAGCAUGACUUCUCUGACCGAGAGUUGGACAUGGAUGAAGCAGCAGAUCUAUCGGACAUGCAAUGGCACAGCAAAUCCACAGGUGGCAUCCUUUCACCUCUGCCCUCAUCAAAUCAUUCAUUGUCAUUAAUAGUACCGAUGAGAAGUGAAAGAUCUGGACGUGACACCCCUGCAAGCAUGGAUUCUAUACCACUGGAAUGGGACCACGACUAUGAUCUCAGUCGAGACCUUGAGACUGCGGUAUCUCAAGCGCUACAUUCAGAUGGAGAAGAAGAAGAUCAACAAGACAAAACAUACUUCCUUCAAGGAGCAUCUGGUAUUACUGAUGUAGAGAUUCCUGAAAGUCCAGAAGCAUAUGUAAAACUUACAGAAAAUAUUCUGAACCUGUCUGGAGAAGCAGGUUCUUUAGAAACCCAUAUUCGCCAACUAGACAGAGCACUGGACACCAGCCGCUUUCAUUUACAACAAACAGAAAAUGUCAUACGAAGCAGGACCCCCACUGGCCCUGAGCUUGACUCAAGUUACAUGGGUUAUAUGAAACUCCUCGGUGAGUGCCGUGGAAGCAUUGAUACAGUAAGGAAAGUAAGUGAAAAACUGAAAGAAGAAGAAGAAAAACUAUCUGGAUUUAUUAAUUUGAACAGUACAGAAACACAGUCAUCAGGUGUUAUUGAACGUUGGGAAUUAAUCCAUGCUCAAGCGCUAAAUAAGGAACUCAGAAUGAAACAAAAACUUCAGCAAUGGCAGCAGUUUAUCUCAGACCUCGACAAUAUCUGGGAUUGGCUGGGAAACACAGAGAUGGAGCUUGAACACCUUAGACGAUUGGACGUCAGCACUGAUAUUCAAACCAUUGAACAGAGAAUUCAGAAACUUAAGGAACUCCAGAAGGCCGUUGAUAGCCGCAAAGCUAUUGUGCUCUCCAUUAACUUGUGCAGCUCAGAAUUUAUGCAAGUGGAUACUCAAGAGAGCAAGGACCUUCAAGAGCGUCUUAGUCAAAUGAACCAUAGAUGGGACCGUGUGUGCAGCACUCUAGAGGGAUGGCGCUGUUCACUGCAGAGUGCCUUAAUGCAGUGUCAGGACUUCCAUGAAAUGAGCCAUGGUCUUCUCCUUUGGUUGGAAAACAUUGAUAGGAGAAAAAAUGAAAUAGUUCCUAUCAAUACAAACCUUGACAUGGACACUUUGCAGGAUCAUCACAAGCUCUUAAUGCAAAUCAAGCGUGAGUUGCUAGAGUCUCAGCUCAAGGUGGCAUCUCUGCAAGACAUGUCCUGCCAACUCCUAGUGAACGCAGAGGGCAAGGACUGCCUUGAAGCCAAAGAAAAGGUGCAUGUCAUUGGGAACAGGCUCAAGGUGCUCCUGAAAGAAGUCACUCGAUUCAUUAAAGAACUAGAUAAAAUUUUAGAUGUGUCAAGCAAUCAACUGGAGUUAACCUCUUGGUCUUCAGUGGAUGAACUAGAUACUUCUGGAUCGCUCAGUCCGGCAUCAGGAAGGAGCACACCUAGCAGGCAGAGAACGCCACGAGGCAAAUGUAGUGUCUCACAGACUGGACCCUCUGUCAACAACCCACCUAGCAGGUCCAAAGACGUUGGCUCAAGUUCCUUCCAUUCUGAACCCAAGUUCAGUUCACAAAACCAAUCCUUCUUCCUCCGGGUCCUCCGAGCUGCGUUACCUCUGCAGCUUCUUCUGCUGCUGCUGAUUGGUCUUGCUUGCCUUGUACCAAUGACUGAAGAAGAUUACAGCUGUACUCUGUCCAAUAACUUUGCCCGGUCUUUCCAUCCAAUGCUGCGGUACACCAAUGGACCACCUCCCAUAUGAAAUUCACUCAUGACAAAUGUUCUUUCAGUCCACAGGGAAAUACGGGCUGAUGUCAGCUUUAGUUUGCACUCAUUGUGGAAGUGUUAGUCACUCGAAUGCACUUGUCAAUAAAACAUACUGCAAAAGCCACAAUAAUUAUAAUAACCCAAUAUAUUAACAGAUCAUGACAACUGCAAAAUUGCUACUGAAAGAAAUGAAAGCAUCAUGCCUCUUUAUUAACCACUCAGUAUUUGACCUUUCAUGGAAUACCUAUCAUAAUCAUAUUUAAUAUAUUUGUCUACUUGUCAAUAAUAACUAUUCUAACAGUCUGUUCACCAAUUCAGAAUACAUGAAUUAUCAGUAUUUCAGGAGAACUUACGAGGCAUUUAAGAUGCUAUUUUAGAAGCUUGUUGUAAUAUAAAAUGUUAAAGCGCUUAUAUGGCGAAUAUUUUUUUACUUUUCUCAGUGUCUGGUUUUGGUUGUUUGGCUUUGGUGGGCGAUGAGCAGAGCAUGAACUAACUCUAAAGUUGUAUAAAUGAGAAGCACUUUUUUUUAAUUACAGAAACUGGAUGUAAUAAAUGGAUUACCAAUCUUUAUAGAGUAGUUCUGCUAAAUAAAAUAAUCUAACAGACAAGUGUUUAAAAAACAGAACCUAUUAUUUAUGUUUGUACAGUUUGCUAAGGCAAGUUUUGUUUGUAUUGAUUUAUUGCAAUUAUAGAUAUUAUGCAAUA